UUGAUCAGCCAUGCCUGGUCCAAGCUGAUGGCGUCGGUACCAGCGUACCGCAAUGGUAGAUGGGUUGGUUCCGAUGCUAGGGACAGUCAUGACGCCGCUGGAAAGGGGCGGUAUCAACGCUUAUCGCCAUCGGACCCUAGGGUGGUGCAGCUGAUCGACUGGGGGACAUCAAGUGAGCUGAGCGCGUGUUUGGAUCUUGAAUUGGAUCAGACAAUCUUUCCACCAAACAUUCCCGUCCUCGAGUAAAUCAUUAUCGUUUUCUUGCUGUGGUUUUGUCACCUAUUGUUUUUCUCCCGGCAGCGUUGCGAAGCUUGUCCGGUGUAUCCGUCACCAUCUCUUAACUAGCAGUACAGUAGCGCAAAGACACCACCAUGAAGCUAUCAUCAGUCAUACUGAGCUCCUCCGCCUUCUUAGCCGGAGGGGCUUCAGCAUGGGGAGGCUUCGGACACAUCACCGUCGCCUACGUCGCCAGCAACUUCGUCUCCAACUCCACCGCCUCCUACUUCCAAACCCUCCUGCGCAACGACACCUCUGACUACCUCGCCAACGUAGCCACCUGGGCCGACUCGAUCCGGUACACCAAAUGGGGUCGUUGGACCGGGCCCCUGCACUACAUCGACGCGAAGGACUCACCCCCCGAUUCAUGCGGCAUCAUCUACGAGCGUGACUGCAAGCCCGAAGGUUGCGUGGUCAGCGCCAUUCAAAACUACACCUCUCGCGUUUUGGACCAAAGCCUACACGUGGUCGAGCGCGCGCAGGCGGCCAAGUUCGUGAUUCACUUUGUCGGGGACAUCCACCAGCCGCUGCACACGGAGGACGUGGAGAAGGGGGGGAACGGGAUCUCGGUGUUCUUUGAUGAGAAGCGGUUCAACCUGCACCAUGUUUGGGACUCGAGCAUCGCCGAGAAAAUCGUUACGCACAAGAAGCAGGGUGUUGGUAGGAGGCCCUUUCCCGCGGCCAAGAAGUGGGCAGAUGCGUUGGCGGAGGAGAUCAGGGAGGGCCAGUACAAGGCGAAUAGCAGUGAUUGGGUGAAGGGGUUGGAGCUGAAGGAGGCGAGCGAGAUUGCGCUGCAGUGGGCGAUUGAGGGGAACGAGCAUGUUUGCACUGUUGUCCUCCCCGAUGGCCCCGAAGCUAUCCGCGACCAGGAGCUCGGUGGUGCCUACUUCGAAGCCGCCGCCCCCAUCGUCGAGUUGCAGAUCGCAAAGGCCGGCUACCGUCUGGCUGCCUGGCUCGAUCUCAUCGUCUCCGGUAUUGAGAAGAACGAGACAAUAAGCCCACCAACCCUACCAAAGCGGCCGGACGUUGUUACUGCGGAACAGAAGCCGAUGAUGUUGGGCGACCUAUGAAACAGGCCUGGUGGUGGGUGUUUGUUGUGGGCCUUGGCAUUGGAAGAGUAUGAAUCAUGACCGGGGAUGAGCGUUUCGCAAAUGCUUCUUGGCAACGGUUCGUUGGUUGAAGA